CAAUCAAUACAAGCCCUGCGUGGGCAUAUCUUAAAAGUAUAGAGUAUAUUGACCAUCUAUAUUUCUAUCCCUGACAAACUGAAAUCAAUCUAAUGGUCGGUCCUAUCUUAAUGCACCCAGUGGUUGCUUAAUACCAGUGGAAAAUUAUUACCGAGUGGAUAUAGUUCCUUCGUCAGCAUUCAUUUUUGGAAUACUUUUUGAGUCAUCCUAGUUGGUUACUUUGUAUAUUGACAAAAUGGACUUUUUAGAUGAUUUCUCGCUUCCAGUAACCCAAACAGACACAUCAAGUUCUGUUCACAAACGUGAACCUACUGAAGAGGAGAAAAAGCUUGCAAAACUUUUAAUUGAACAUGUUCUUCCUCCAUUUUCAAAAUCACUGAAACUUCAAGCUCUUGUUGUUUAUCAGGCUGAUCAUGAGAAGAUGAAAUGCUUACUUGUUAAUCAAAAGUAUGAUAAAACAAAUGAUCAUCCGUUUUUCGAACAUGAUGAUAGUCCUAAUCAUGAUUUCUUCGACUCAGGGAUAAUUAUGGAUACAUCUACAGCUAUGAAUUCACCGAUCAAAACAGAAGAUCAUGAUUUAAAAGAUUACAACUUUUCUACCUCACGCCGCAAACGAAAACUAAGUCGACCGUGUAAAAUACCCCAAAACUCCUCAUUUGUUUUGGACAGCGUUGAACCUUCUCCUGAUACACCUAACACAUCACUGAAUUUGCCUUCUGUUCCAAUUCAAAGCCUUCAAAAGCCAGUCACUGAAGCUGUAGCACCAAUAAAAAGUGCUGCAGCUAAUGGUCUGUUUCUGCCUGUAUCUGCUGUUACACUGCUUCCCCAUGUAAGUGUUUUCUCUUUACCUGUUACAGUCCUUUCAACCGUCCCCCGUCCUAUCCUACCUCGAAUAUGCACCGAUAAACAACCAGUUGCCCGUUCUGUUAGUACUAAUAACAAUAAUAAUAGUAAUAGUGCCAAUAAUUGCAACUUACAGACGAUUAUUUCAUCGCGGUUGAGAAAUACUACUUCACUUAAUUCACCUUCAAAAAGUCAUACGAAAGAAACGUCGAAUUCUUCAGAAGAAUCAAAUCUCCUUAAUCGUCGAUAUGCUAAGUCAUUUGUUUGUAAUCAGUGUCGAAAGCCAUUCACAUCACUAAGUUUAUUGUGUGAACACACUUUUGCGGUACAUAAAUCAUUUCGAUGUACCAUAUGCGGCGCCCAAUUUACUCAACGCUCAAAUCUUCAACGUCAUUCCCUUCGUCACGUUGGUUUCAAACCGUUUGUUUGCAAAAUCUGUGAUAAAUCAUAUUACCGUAAAGAUCAUCUAGUUCGUCAUAUUGAACUGACACAUCCCGGUUGUGAUCCGCGUACAAAUCUUACAGUGAAAUUAAGUUCAGCUGAAUGUCUAGAUUAUCUUGAUCAAAUCAAUAAACACAGUAAUAGUGGUAGUGCUGAACAAGUACAAAUGUUAUGCCAGGACUCCACUAUUAAUACUACUACUGCUACUACCAAUACCAUUACCACUAUUAUUACUACUACCACUACUACUACUGCUACCACCAAUAAUAAUGGUAAUAAUAAUAACAAUAAUAGUAAUAAUAAUAAUAAUAGCAAUAAUGACAGUAGUAAUAAUAUUGGCGUUUCAGAAAUUGCAGUCAAGAAAGAUGAAAAUGACAUGAAGAUUAAAAUAUGCCUUGUUGAUUCUGAAGAACAUGAAAAACCUGAGUUGUGUACACCAUCUCACCAACCUUGUACUAGCAUAAACUCCUAAAGGUAAUAUCUUUAUUUGUCUCAAAAACAUUCGCUCAUAUCAAUACUUUCAUCUUUCAUCAGCGUAGCCAAGUUAGUUGUCGAUGAAAAUCCACUUUGUUUUCAAUUUUGCAUUGUUCUAUUGUUUGUUUGAUAUUUUUAAAUAUUUUUUACACCUUGU